GAAGAAAUCAGAAGGCUCCAACACACCUUGGAACAGGUCAAUGAUGGCAAAGAUUUGCUUCAAAGCCAUCAACUUACCAUGGAUGAUGAAAAUAACAUUGACAACUAUCAUAUCAACCUCCAGCCCUUGGAAUCCAAAGUGAAAAUCAUCCAACGUGCAUGGCGUGAGUACCUGCAGCGCCAGGACCUGCUGGCCCAGGAGCAGCUGGACAAGCGCAGUCCCUCCCCUUCCUCCCUCUCCUCAGACAAGAUGAGCAGGUCCAUCAGCAUGAACACCUUCUCUGACAGCAGCACACCC